AAUGUUUAAUAUUUAAAGUAAUGAGCAAAUAUAAUAAGAAAUAAUAUCAAAGAUAAGUCAUCUUUAACUAAGUGAAAGUACUCAAAAUAUUAAAUAAUUUUAGCUGAUGAUGACAAUUCUCGACAAGGUAGUCCUGCUUUGGAUUCAAGACUCUUAGAAGUAAUUAGAGAGUUACCACAACAUUUAAAAUAAAAGUUGGGCAGUUUAAUUCCAAAAACAAAUUAUCAGUUGAUUAAACAAAAUGAUGAUAGCAUUUAUUAUGGAAUAAUGGAAAAUUUAUAAAAAUAAGGAGAAGGAAUAUAAAUAUGGUCAAAAGCAGGAAAUUUAUUAGAAGGGUAUGGAAUAUUUAAUAUAUUUAGAUAAUGGGAAAAUGAUUAAUUAGAGGGAUAUUGUAGAAUGAAUUACGCAAAUGGAGACAGGUAUUAGAUAUUCAUAUUUUAAAUUAGUUUUGAAUGUUAAUUUAAAUAGGGGAGAACUAAUGGAUUUGGAAUAUUUAAAUCUUAAAAGAAAAUAGUAAAAGGUAUAAUAAUAAUAAGAAUAUUAUAGGACUUUGGAUUGAUAAUGCAAUAUAAGGAGAAGGUUAAGAAAUAAAAAUUGAUGGUACAAAAUAUUUUGGUUAAUUUUAUAAUGGUAAAAAAGAUGGUAGAGGAAUUCUAAUAUUAAAUGAUGGCUGCAAGUAUGAAUAUAUAUAUAUAGUUAGAUAUGAAGGUUAAUUCAAAAACAAUUUAUUUCAUGGAGAAGGAACUUUUUUAUGGAAUGAUGGUUCAAAUUAUACUGGAACUUUUACAAAAGGAUUAAUUUUAGGAUUUGGUUAAUAUAUGAAUGGAAAUGGUAUUCAAAUGAUUGGUCAAGUAAUAUAAAUUAGUAAUAUUAAUAGUUUACAGAAUUGAAAUAGCCGAGAGGAUGUAAUGAAGAAAAAAAUCAGCAUUUAUAAACUAUAGUUUUUGUUAAUUAGUACAACUAAUCUUUAAUGAUUGAAAAGAUUCGAACUCUCUGAUUUU